AUGAAAGACACAGAGACUGCAUUAAAAAUCAUGUCUCAGCAGCAAGAGCCAAAGCACAGCGACACCAACGAGCUAUCGUCCGAUGAGCUCUUACUGCGUGCUCAGGGGCAUCAGGGCGAAUUACCUCGCCAAUUCUCUAGCUUCGCCGCUCUCUCCUUGGCGUUCGUUAUUACCAACUCCUGGCUUGGAUAUUGUGCUGUUUUCGUCACUCCCUUGGUUGCCGGAGGAGGGCCAUCCGUUUUCUGGGGGGUCAUCAUUGCUGCCAUAGCGUGCCUUAUCAUUACCGCCGGUCUCGCCGAAUUGGCGUCGGCAUAUCCCUCCAGUGGUGGCCAAUAUCAUUUCGCAUUCAUGGUGUCUUCAACCGGAACCCGAGCAUUUGCUGCAUUCAUAACCGGCUGGCUGAGCACGCUAGCAUGGUGUUUGACCACUACAUCUGCGGCUAUUUAUUGCGCCGAGGUUGCGCAGGCCCUAGCAUCUCUAUUCCACCCCGACUACACACCCUUACAAUGGCAGACGUAUCUCAUUUAUCUGCUGCUUCUUAUUCUGGCAGGUGCCUUUGUGUGUUAUGCCCCAAAGCUGCUUCCUACAUUGGAGAAAGGUUUUUUCUGGUGCAGUCUGUUGGCAUUUCUUGUCUCCAUCAUCACAAUGCUCGCCGCCAGCGGGCCUAAGCAGUCAGCGCAGGUCGUAUUUGUCAAAUACAGUAACCAGACUGGCUGGAGCGAUGGCAUGUCUUUCGUCCUUGCCGUCGGGGCAUGCAUGUACGCCUUCUUAGGCACAGAUUCGGUCACUCAUAUUUCCGAAGAAGUGCCCACGCCAGGCUACCACAUCCCUCGAAUCAUGUGCUGGACUGUCCUCAUAGGGUUAGGAACUACCGUGCCCUUCGUCCUGGCGCUUCUCUUUUCUUCUCAGGAUCUCGACGCUAUUGCGAGCUCAGGACUUCCGAUUCUGGAGGUUUUCUACCAAGCCACAGGGUAUCAUAAGAGUGCAUGUGCCGUCUUUGCCUUUUGGAUCUUGCUGAACUUCUCGGGCGUUCUCAUGUCCUGUCUUGCAACCUCGGGGCGUCUCACCUGGGCAUUCUCUCGAGACAACGGUCUCCCGUUCUCCAACAUCUUUGCAAAAGUUCAUCCCACGCUCAAGACCCCCAUCAACGCCACCUUUAUUUGUGUCGUCUUCUGCACUCUGUACGGAUUGAUCUUCAUCGGUUCAACUACAGCCUUCAAUAGCAUCAUCUCGAUGGCCAUCUUGGCACUGAAUCUGAGCUAUGCCGCUCCCCAAGCCAUUUUGCUCUUCAGAGGCCGGGAAAGUGUUCUGCCCAUGCGGAGCUUCAGGCUAGGAAGGUUGGGUAUCUUGGUGAAUGCAUUCACCUGCCUUUGGUGUGCAUUCUAUGCAGUCAUCUUUUGUUUCCCCGUCUUCCUGCCCACUGAGGUUGGAAGCAUGAACUAUGAUAUUACUCUCGAGGGACUGGAAACGAUUCAAGAACAACUCCACCAGCUACAACAGACGACCAUUGCGUACUCCGAGAAAAGCCCCGAAUCUGCCUAG